UCUUGUCUUCUUGUCUUUCCUCACCUCAUCAUUGUCUCUCCCCUCUUUCCCUUUCUCUUCCUCCCACUCGUUCUCGUAGUGCCCUCCUCUCCUGUCUAAUACCCUCCUCUAAUCUCUCACUUCAUCCCCCUCUCCUCCCUUCUCUCUCUCUCUCUCUUUCCUUUCUAAUUUCCUAACCUUUUCCAUACUCCUCUUCUUCUCCUUCAAACAUCUCUUCCUCUCUUUUCCAUGCAUCCCCUACUCCUUCCUUUAAUCUCUCCUCUUUAUUAGUCUCUCUCCCUCUCUCUCCUCCUUCCUCCUCCUCCUCCUCCUCCUCCUCCUCUCAUCUCUAUUCCAGCAGUAGAGAAAUCACACAACAGCGGCGGCGGCAGCAGCAGUGUCACUCAGCACGGCAACGACUCGCAUGAAAACACUCUGUCUGCGGUGACUGCACUGGAGGUAAAAAAAAAAAAAAAUGGGGAUCAUAAUGUCAGUCAUUUAAUCAGGAUGGACUUAUCGGAUGUAUUCACUCCUGUAAUGGCCACGAUGCCGGCCACUUUAUCACCAAACUCUUCUUUGGAGAAUGUCAACCAGACGUCCUCUUCCUCGCCGAGAUCUCCUCCUCUACCUCCUCACUCACAGGUCACGUCAGUGUGCAUCGUGCUGGUGGUCACGGUCAUCAUCCUGGGGACUGUGGUGGGCAACGUGCUGGUCGUGGUGGCGGUGUUCACCAGCCGAGCCCUGAGGGCGCCUCAAAACCUCUUCCUGGUGUCUCUGGCUUCAGCGGACAUACUGGUGGCGACACUCGUCAUCCCUUUCUCGUUGGCUAAUGAGGUCAUGGGCUACUGGUACUUUGGUUCCACCUGGUGCUCCUUCUACCUGGCUCUGGACGUCCUCUUUUGCACUUCCUCCAUCGUCCACCUCUGCGCCAUCAGUCUCGACCGCUACUGGUCCGUCACUAAAGCCGUCAGCUACAACCGCAAACGGACGCCUAAACGGAUUAAAGCAAUGAUCAGCAUCGUGUGGCUCAUAUCUAUCGUCAUCUCCUCCCCGCCACUCCUCAUGACACAGAAAGAGGAGGAUUUGGAGACGGAGGAGGAGAGCAACACACGGAGGCAGGAGUGUCUUAUCAACAACCAGACGUGGUACAUCCUCUCUUCCUGCCUCGUGUCCUUCUUCGCCCCGGGGGUCAUCAUGAUACUCGUUUAUUGUAAGAUCUACCGCGUUGCCAAACAGCGAGCCUCCACUGUGUUUGUGGCGAAGAACGUGGUGGAGCGGCAGCCAUCGCAGUCUGAGACCUGCUUUGUGGGCACGGCCAGGACUUGCCAAAGAAAGGGAGCUGGCUGCGGUGAAUCCCAGUAUGAGCUGGACAGCCCGCGCCCCGCGAACCGGCACAGCUCUUCUAACAUAGACAGCAACAGCAGCAGUCACAGGAGAGGAGAGCUGGAUGAUAUCGACUUAGAGGAGAGGAGCUGCGAAGCUGACAUAAAAAGAUCCUCCUCGUUUUCCUCGGCUCUUCGCUUCCCCAGGAGAGCCGGCGGAAGUGUUAAAACAGAGGAGGGGAAGGACGCAGAGGGAACAACAAACAGGUUGAAGCCUCCUCCUUCCUGCGCCUCCAUAUCAUGGGCAUCAUCCGACCACUGCUCUCACCACUUCCUCCUCCCCUCUCCAGUGCCUCUCCGCAACAGGCAGAUGUCUAUGUCCAAAAACAAAGUGGCACAAAUGAGGGAGAAGCGCUUCACGUUUGUUCUGGCUGUGGUGAUGGGGGUUUUUGUCCUCUGCUGGUUCCCAUUUUUCUUCACUUACAGUCUCCACGCUGUCUGCAGAGAGAACUGCACGAUCCCUGAUACACUCUUCGACCUGUUUUUCUGGAUCGGAUACUGCAACAGCUGCCUGAACCCCAUCAUAUACACUAUCUUUAACCGAGACUUCAGGAGGGCCUUCAAGAAGAUUUUAUUCGAGACUCAUAAACGAACAUAAAAUGUGAAUGUAUGUGUGUUUGUGCACUCUGCUCACACACAGAAACAGACACACAGUCAAACACAAAUGUGUGUGCACACAGUUUUAAUCCUGUUUUCCACUGUGCUGUCAUACCGACAUUAAAGGGCUUGUCAUACA